CCGUAGGCUACGUCAGAAGUAAAUAGUGUCAGUUACAGUUAGGCUACAGCUAGGUACUUGUUGGGACAACAUGGCAUUUACCUUGUAUUCUCUCAUUCAGGCAGCUAUCUUGUGUGUUAAUGCUGUCGCUGUAUUACACGAAGAAAGAUUUCUAACUAAAAUUGGCUGGGGAGUGGACCAAAGUGUGGGAGGAUUUGGGGAUGAACCAGGCAUCAAAGUGCAGCUAAUGAACCUUGUCCGCUCUGUGAGGACAGUCAUGAGAGUGCCACUGAUUGCAGUGAAUUCAGUCUGCAUUGUGCUACUGCUUCUGUUUGGAUGAAGAAGCCAGAGUGAAGAUGGGAAAAACCAGCCUGCUGUCAGGAGAACAUCUCCAUCACCUCAGGAAGCCCUCACACAGGACACACAGAAUGACCCAUCAGCUUCAAUAUGAAUGCUAUUGUAUAUUUCUCUUCAGCAGGUUAUUUGCUAAGGCCUGUGUUUGCUAAUAUCCUGCAGCUGUUUAGUAUGGUUAACUACUGUCUUCUAUUGAAUAGAACGAUACAAUUUUGAGUAGAUUACACUUUUUUCAAAAUUAUUACUAAGCAAACAAAUGAUUUUACACUUUAAAAAAUAUCAAAGGACUAAAACAACUGCUGUCAUUGCGUGGUCCACUGUUGGUGAUUUAUACUCUGAACGUAUGUAAAUUAAUUCAUGAAUAUGUGGUGUUGCAGAAAUAUUGGAGAAUAAAGAGUUUUUAAAAACGG